CUAUUUAUUUUUAAAUUGUGUAGAAGUUACAAAUAUGUUGAAACUUCUAAUAUUUUAUAGUUUCUGUGUUUUAUCAAAUCUUAAUGCCUCUAACAUGGAAAAUGAUUCUAGUCUAGACAUUAAAAAUGAAUUCGAAGAAUUUAAGAAGAUAAAUAACAAGAAAUACGUUCAUGGUUUUGAUGAAAUGCGUAGUUUCAAAGCAUUUCAGACAAACUUCAAAAUAAUAAAAGAUCAUAACAAAAAUUAUCAGGACGGUCAGACUAGCUUCAGGUUGGCAACAAAUGUUAUGGCUGAUAUGAGUACUGACGGUUAUUUAAGAAAUUUUCUACGCUUAUUAAAAAGUCAAUCAAAUGCAGCGGACGAUAACAUCGCUGAUAUAGUUGGAUCGGCACAAAUGAGUAACGUACCCGAAAGUUUGGAUUGGCGGAGGAAAGGGUUCACAACCCCAUCACAGAAUCAACAAAGCUGUGGCUCAUGCUACGCUUUUAGUAUUGCUGAAAGCAUUGAAGGACAGGUUUUUAAGCGAACUGGAAAAAUAUUAACCUUAAGCGUGCAACAAAUUGUUGAUUGUAGUGUGUCUCAUGGAAAUCAAGGAUGCAUUGGUGGAUCCUUACGAAACACUUUAAAAUACUUACAGAGCACAGGCGGCAUAAUGAGAUCGGAUGAUUACAAAUACGCUUCGAAGAAAGGGAAAUGCCAGUUUGUAGGCGACCUUUCCGUCGUUAAUGUUACUUCUUGGGCCAUACUACCAGUCAAUGAUGAACAGGCAAUUCAAGCUGCUGUUGCACAUAUCGGUCCUGUUGCCGUGUCAAUAAAUGCUACUCCAAAAACAUUUCAAUUAUACAGCGACGGUAUUUAUGACGAUGUUUCAUGCUUAUCCACAUCUGUAAAUCACGCAAUGUUGGUAAUGGGAUACGGAAAGGAUUAUUGGAUAUUAAAAAAUUGGUGGGGUGCCCGUUGGGGCGAAUCUGGAUACAUGAGAUUGAAGAAAGGCUCAAACUUAUGUGGAAUUGCGAAUUACGCUGCAUAUGCAAUUGUAUAAAACUACAAAUUACACAAUUAACAAAAUAGAAAGU